AACCAAGUAACCUCAUUCGCACGCAACAUUAGGGGUUUUUCAAGGGUUUCUCUUUCUUCCUCACCAAUUUUGAUCGCACAAUUUGCUCAUGUCUGGUCAUGCAGGAGUCGUUGACGGCAGCACCGCCGUGAAGUUUCUGCAAAAGCAGCAGCCGGUACCGACGGCGGCGGCAUCGCCGUCUUCUCAGCCACGUCAUCCACAGUCUGCGGAGUUAGGUACGGUAUCACAGCUUCUCGCCGGAGGUAUUGCCGGAGCUUUUAGUAAAACAUGUACGGCUCCUCUAGCACGUCUCACUAUUCUUUUUCAGGUGCAAGGUAUGCAUUCUGAGGGGGCGCUACUGAGCAGCCCUUGUAUAUGGAACGAGGCAUCACGUAUUGUUAACGAAGAGGGUCUUAGAGCUUUUUGGAAAGGAAAUCUGGUUACUAUUGUCCAUCGCCUUCCUUAUACAGCAGUUAACUUCUACGCCUAUGAGCAGUACAAAAAAUUGCUAAAGUCAAUCCCAAGUAUAGAAUACAACACUGGAACUGCAGCUGCAGAUGCUUGUGUGCACUUUGUAGGCGGUGGAAUGGCGGGAAUAACAGCGGCUACUGCCACAUACCCUUUAGAUCUCAUCAGGACGCGUCUUGCAGCACAGAGAAGCACAAUAUACUACAAUGGAAUGUGGCAUGCGUUGGGUACAAUUUGUAGAGAUGAGGGUGUUUUUGGCUUGUAUAAGGGACUUGGAGCAACCUUAUUGGGUGUUGGACCAAGUAUAGCUAUUAGCUUUUCUGUUUAUGAAACCUUGCGGUCAUAUUGGAAAUCUCAUAGGCCGAAUGAUUCCACUGUGAUGGUCAGUCUCACCUGUGGCAGUCUUUCUGGCAUCGCUUCAUCAACAGCCACAUUUCCUUUGGAUCUUGUGAGGCGGCGGAAACAGUUGGAAGGAGUGGGUGGCCGUGCACGUGUUUACAACAGUGGCUUACUUGGGACACUCGGGCACAUCAUGCGAACUGAAGGGUUACGUGGUCUCUAUAGAGGGAUUCUUCCAGAAUAUUACAAAGUUGUCCCCGGUGUAGGAAUCGUUUUCAUGACAUAUGAGACAUUGAAGAAGCUUCUAUCUAAACCACCUUCUUACUAAGUGAGAGCUUUGGUGUUUGUUUCCGAUAUUUUUUGUAUUUGCGAGCCUUCAAAUCUCUUCGGUCAUCCCAUGAAGAAGAACUAGUUUUUCAUAAUGACACGAGCUCGGGGAAUACUUAUGGUUUUUGUAGGUUACUUAUUAUACAGGUAGGCUAUCUUGCCCAAAGAAGUUUUUUUCUUUUUUUUCUGUGUAGAGGUAUAUUUUGUUCGGCUGACGAUUGGAACUUGGAACCAGUCUUGUAAACAGAUCAAAUCAACUGUUUAACCAUCAUUAUUAUUAUUAUUGCUCUUUUCUAA